AUGACACCCCGUAUCAGCGACACAAUCAAAAAGGAUCACCGUGACAUUGAAUCGUAUUUUGGGACGAUAAUUAGCUCCACGGACCAGGAUGAGCAGACACGCUUUCAGAACCUGUUCACCUGGGAACUAGCUCGGCACUCCAUUGGUGAGGAGCUUAUUGUCUAUCCUCUGUUUGAGAAGAUGCUCCCCAAUGGCGUGCAAAUGGCAAAUAAGGACCGCGAGGAGCAUUUGGAGGUCAAAAAGCAACUGAAAGCAUUCCAAAACAUGACACCCUCGGAUAUACGCUUUGUUCCUGCCAUCAGGGAGCUGAUGGAAAAUCUUUCCAGGCAUAUCAAAGAGGAGGAGCUGAAUGAUCUGCCUAAGCUAGAGGAGGCUUUGUCUCAAGAUGAGAGUGAGGACUGUGCAAAAACCUUUAGUCGAACGAAGAUGUUCGUUCCUUCGCGGUCUCAUCCUAGUGCACCAGACAAGCCACCCUAUGAGACAGCCGUCGGGCUUCUAACGGCGCCGAUCGACCAUCUUGCAGACCUGUUCCGCAAGUGGCCACACACCGCGGGAAUGCCUAAUCCAUCUACGAAAUAA